CUUGGACGGUAAUAGAGGAGCCCGGGAAACCCGGUUAUUUGACCUGCUCACAACGUACGUAUCACAGGGGACAUCCGCAAGCCGUGCCGAUACCCUCUUUUCGUCCGGUGCCUGCAGUCAGAGAGCGCCGAUAGGCGACCGACCAUGCAGCAUACCAUCGGAGGGGCGACUGCCUGCAACCAACCAAUCCGUCCUGUCUUUGACUGGGGGUGGUUCCUCGAAUGCCACUUCCUUGCUUCCCGACAUAGCUUUCCUUCUGUCGUCUCCAUGCCGUCAUCAACUUUCAUCGCACCAUGGUCCUUUCUCCUGCUCAAAUGUCCAUGGCAAAAACCAGUCCAUCCACACGUGGCAUUGGGGCGUUUCGAGCGUGGUUGGGCGUCGGCCGAAGGGACAAUCGAGUUGGCCCUGGACAAUCAGCCACAAGUGCUUACAUCUUUUCGCCUCCUCCCUCGUCCUGCCACGCCGAGAAUGGCGCCGCCGGGGGGGAAAUGUCGGCUGGUGUCCGUAGCGUUGCACAGGGCGGAUGCGAUACAUCGCAAUCAGGGGGCGCAAACAAUUCAAUUAUCAAAAUUCCUUCCAUUUCUUAAUUCCUUCCCUAUGCAGUCAGUCUAUGUUACAAGAUGUGAAACAAAGGAAAAAGAUUCGUACAAGACGCUCCUGUCUCAUUAAAUUCCGUUCCAACCCGAAAUGGACAGGCAAGUAAAACAACAUGGGAUUCCCUAUGCGCGUGGGCGCGGUAGAAUAGAUAGACAACCCCCCCCCCCCUGCGCGACGCGUGCCCAACCGGACUCCUCCCGGACGUUGUUUGACUU